AUGGAUGGUGGAUGGAUGGAUGGUUGGUGGAUGGAUAGAUGGUGGAUAGAGCAUAGAUGGUGGAUGGUGGAUGGAUGGAUGGAUAGAUGGUGGAUAGAGCAUGGAUGGUGGAUGGAUGGAUGGUUGGUGGAUGGAUAG